CCUGGGCGCUGUCCUGCGUGUCCCUACGGGUCUGGUGUGAUCGCCGGGCUCCUGCUCCGCCAUGCUCCUGCUGCUGGGGUUGUGUUUGGCGCUGACCCUCUGCGCGGGGUCGCAGGAAGAGGAGCCCAGCUGGGUUGACACUUCGGAGCAAGUUGGACUCAGGGUCCCCAGGCAACUCAGGCUGUUGCAAAGGCUGAAAACCAAACCUUUGAUGACAGAAUUCUCUGUGAAGUCUACUAUCAUUUCUCGCUAUGCCUUCACUACAGUUUCCUGCAGAAUGCUGAACAGAGCAUCUGAGGAUCAGGAAAUAGAGUUUCAGAUGCAGAUUCCAGCUGCGGCUUUUAUCACCAACUUCACUAUGCUUAUUGGAGACAAAGUGUAUCAGGGUGAAAUUACAGAGAGAGAAAAGAAGAAUGGUGAUAGGGCAAAAGAGAAAAGAAAUAAAACCACAGAAGAUUAUGGGGAGAAGGGGACUGAAACGUUCAGAGCUUCUUUAGUGAUCCCUAGCAAAGACAAGGCUGCCUUCAUCCUCAGUUAUGAAGAGCUUCUGCAGAGGCGGUUGGGGAAAUACGAGCACGUCAUCAGUGUGCGACCACAGCAACUGGUGGGAAGGCUGACUGUGGACGUGACUAUUCUGGAGAGGUCGGGCAUUGCGUCCUUGGAGGUGCUCCCACUUCACAACAGCAGGCAGAAGGGCAGCGGGAGGGGAGAAGAUAAUGCUGGACCUCCUCCUUCUACUGUUAUCAACCAAAAUGAAACUUUUGCCAAAGUCAUUUUUAAGCCUACGGUGGUACAACAAGCCAGGAUUGCCCAGAAUGGAAUUUUGGGUGAUUUCAUAAUUAGAUAUGAUGUCAACAGGGAACAGAGUGUUGGGGACAUCCAGGUCCUAAAUGGUUAUUUUGUGCACUACUUUGCUCCUAAAGACCUUCCUCCUUUACCCAAAAAUGUGGUUUUUGUGCUUGACAGCAGUGCCUCUAUGGUAGGAACCAAACUCCGGCAGACCAAGGAUGCCCUCUUCACUAUUCUCCAUGACCUCCGACCUCAGGACCGUUUCAGUAUCAUUGGGUUUUCCAACCGGAUCAAAGUAUGGAAGGACCACUUAAUAUCAGUCACUCCUGACAAUAUCAGGGAUGGCAAAGUCUACAUUCACCAUAUGUCACCCACUGGAGGCACAGACAUCAAUGGGGCCCUUCAGAGGGCCAUCAGGCUGCUCAACAACUAUGUGGCCCACAACGACAUUGAAGACCGGAGUGUGUCCCUCAUCAUCUUCCUGACAGAUGGGAAACCAACUGUUGGGGAGACUCAGACCCUCAAAAUUCUUAACAACACCAAGGAGGCUGCCCGAGGUCAAAUCUGCAUCUUCACCAUUGGCAUUGGGAAUGAUGUGGACUUCAGACUGCUGGAGAAACUGUCUCUGGAGAACUGUGGUCUCACACGACGUGUUCAUGAGGAGGAGGAUGCAGGCUCACAGCUCAUUGGAUUCUAUGAUGAGAUCAGAACGCCCCUCCUUUCUGACAUCCGCAUCGAUUAUCCUCCCAGCUUAGUGGAGCAUGUCACCAAAACCCUGUUCCCCAACUACUUCAAUGGCUCAGAAAUUAUCAUUGCUGGGAAGUUGGUGGACAAGCAGUUGGAUCAAUUGCACGUGGAGGUCACUGCCAGCAAUAGUAAGAAAUUUGUCGUACUGAAGACGGAUGUGCCUGUGGAGCCCCUGAAGGCAGGGGAUGAUAGUGAGGAGGACCCCAACCACAUAGAGCGUCUCUGGAGCCACCUCACCAUGAAGGAGCUGAUGAGCUCCUGGCUGCAGAGUGACAAUGAGCAGGAGAAGGAGCAACUGAGGCAGAAGGCCCAGGCCUUGUCAGUGAGCUAUCAUUUCCUCACCCCCUUCACUUCCAUGAAGCUGAGGAAGCCGGCCCUUCACACAGACAAACCAGAGGAUGCUUAUGGCAUGUCGGCAGCCACAGGACCUGCAACAGUGAUGCAGAGUUUGCGAGGAGGAACCAGCAUGCAGCCAGGAUCUACUCUCAAGAAGCUGUAUGACCCAAGAAUUAAAAUCUCUAAAACAUCAGUGGAUGGUGACCCCCAUUUUGUUGUGGAUUUCCCCUGGAGCAAGCUCACUGUCUGCUUUAACAUUGAUGGGGAGCCUGGGGACAUCCUACGACUAGUCUCUGAUCACAUGGACGCCGGUGUGACAGUGAAUGGAGAGUUAAUUGGAGCCCCUGCUCCACCAAACGGUCACAAGAAACAGCGCACUUACUUCGGCACCAUCACUAUCCUUGUCAACAAGCCAGAGAGAUCUUAUCUUGAGAUUACGCCAAACAGAGUCAUCCUGGACAGUAGAGACAGGCUGGUCCUCCCCUGCAACCGGAGCGUGGUGGUGGGGAGUCGGGGGCUGGAGGUGUCUGUAUCUGCCAAUGCCAAUGUCACCGUUACCAUCCAGGGCACCAUCACCUUUGUCAUCCUCAUUCACCUCUACAAAAAUCCAGCCCCUUUCCAGCGGAACCACCUGGGCUUCUACAUCUCCAAUAGCAAAGGCCUCUCCAGCAAUUGCCACGGACUGUUAGGUCAGUUCCUGAACCAGGAUGCCAAACUCACAGAGAAGCCUUCAGGGCUCAGCCAGAAUCUUACCAUUCCUCUAUUCCCUCCAGCAGGAGAGAGAUCUGAGACUAUCCUGAAGGUGAAAGGCCACCAAGUCCCAGUGGUCUGGAAACAAAGGAAGAUCUACAAUGGGGAAGAGCAGAUAGACUGCUGGUUUGCCAGGAACAAUGCUGCCAAACUGAUUGAUGGGGAGUAUAAAGAUUACCUGGCUUCUCAUCCAUUUGACACAGAGACCACCUUUGGCCUGGGACUAUCCAGGGGACUCUGAAACUGGCUGCUGUAAUGAUGAGCGUGCAUGACAGGGAUGUGACUCGGGGAACACCAUGGGACAACUCUUGUUGCUUGUACAUGCCUCAUUUCUUGGUCAUUAGCUAUACUCUAUAAACCUUCCCUGGUGGAGUGUAGGUCUAAUGUCUGCUUGAGCAAAGGAACACAAACCAGGGCUAGACAGUAUCUGGUCAGGCUCCAAGGGAUCUUCCUAUUGUAUAAAUCCCAGCCGGAAGAGUAAGUGCAAAUGUUACUCUCUUCUACAUCUUCUUCCUGCUUCACCCUCCCUCAAAUCUAUAGUUGGGAUAUAUGGCAGCCACAAGGGGAAAAAGGUCCCAGUGAAGGUGAGAAAGGCUCUACCUGUGAUGAAGGAAUGUUGCCGCAUUCGUUGAUUUUUUUUUUUUUUUUGAGAGAGAUUUUUUGCUACAGGGCACG